ACGAAAAUUCCGAAAAAUAAACAAAUUCCAAUUCAGCACAGUGAUUGCAUCAAAACGUUUCUGAAAUGUAUCCAAGAUGAAGGUUUGCGAAAAGCUUAUAAUCGUUACGGAUACAAACCGGUGGAAUCAAAACAUCCAAGAUCGAUAAUCAAUGGUAUUGAAGAUGAAAAGAUCAGUGACGUCAUUAUAGUUGGUGCAGGAAUGGCAGGUCUAAGUGCAGCGUAUGAAUUAAAAAAAGCUGGUCUUUCUGUGAAAAUUCUAGAGCAAACAGACCGUUAUGGAGGAAGAAUAUUUACGUAUGGUGAAGAAAGCGGUCUUGCGUCUGGUUUGUAUGCAGAAGCUGGAGCAAUGCGAUUGCCUGGAGGUGUUGACGAUCAAUAUGAAAAACAACAUUAUUUAACGGACGGUUACAUCAAGAACUUUAAUCUACCUAUCAAAUGUUUUCCAAACUACGAUGAAAAUGUCAUUACUAGCAUUUAUGGUCUUCGCGAAAAUCUGAAGAAAGUUUGUAAGAUGAAAGGCAAACAUCGAUAG